CGGCGGCCACCGGUACAGCCACAGUUCGCCAUCGGCCGCCCAUUUCUUAAGGUUACAGGUUUUCCCUGCUGCUGUUGCUGCUCCCUUACAUCCCGGUUCGGACACCUGCACACGCAGCACCCCGACGCUCCCGUACGCCCAAUGUACCUUCCGCUCUUUCUAGCUGUCGCGCUGGCAGCGGUGCUGACCAGCGGGCAGGAACCUUGCGACCCGUCCGUCACCUGUCCCACGUUUAACUGUCACCCGCACCCGAAUUGUCCCGCCCGGGACCCGCUGCACCCGGUGCUGCUCCCGCACAGUGACUGCAACAAGUUCUACAAGUGUAAUGCGGGCAAUGCCUGCGAACAGCUGUGCCCGGUCGGGCUCCACUACAACUCACGCGAACAGUCGUGCGACUGGCCAAACCGGGCCUGCUGCGAUCCGAGCAUUCCGUGCGGCCCCGCUGACACGCCACCAACCAACUGUGUGCCCAACGCGAACUGUCCCGCCACGUCGCAGGACACGAUCCUGCUACCGCACAGCAACUGUGCCAUGUUCUACAAGUGUUCCGGACCGUUUGCCUGCCCGAUGGACUGCCCGCCCCAGCUGCACUUCAACCCGAAGCAGAACGCUUGCGAUUGGCCCGAGCGGGCCUGUUGCGACCCGACCGUUCCGUGCGAUCCGUGCAUCCCCGGCGUAACUUGCCCCCCCACUGGACCUACACCGGCUCCGACUCCGGCUCCGACCCCAGCUCCGACCCCAGCUCCGACCCCAGCUCCGACUCCAGCUCCGACCCCAGCUCCCACUCCAGCUCCUACCCCAGCUCCUACUCCAGCUCCAACCCCAGCUCCCACCCCAGCUCCCACACCAGGCCCAACGCUACCGGACACGCCGUGCGAUCCGUCCGUUACCUGCCCAUUGAACUGUGUCGCGGAUAUGCGCUGCCCGCCACGUGACGGUGCUACACCGAUCCUGCUGCCAAGCACCAACUGCACCAAGUUCUACAAGUGCCAAACCGGACGGGCCUGCGAGUUCGACUGUCCGAACGGGCUGCACUUCAACGCAAAGUCGAUGGUGUGCGAUUGGCCGCAUCAGGCCUGCUGCGAUCCAACGAUUGAGUGCGUACCGGCCUGCAUUCCUGGCGUCACCUCGAUUCGUUCCCAGUCUCUACGUAUUGGAUCGGUGAACAGUGAAGUUACCAGUAGACCAUCAUCCUGUGUGUUGUCUGUAGGAUUGCUUGUGAGAACGUGCAGCAAACGUCCCGAAAGAGGCAGGACGAAGAUGAUCCUGCUCCUCGUAGUGUUUGGCGCCGUCGGAGUGGCUUACGGUACGGACGAGUCAUCAUGCACGGCUGAUGCGCGCUGCCCCAUGGUCGACAAUCCUCCCACGUUCCUUCCCUUUGCACUGAACUGCACCCGAUUCUACCAGUGCUCGUAUGGGCGAGCUUGCGAGAAAGUGUGCCCAACCGGGCUACACUGGAGCACGUCAUUAAAUCGUUGCGAGUGGCCAAGUGUUGCCUGCUGCGAUGGCACAACAGCCUGUACUCCGGUCCAAAUCCCGACAACCACCACCGCGGCACCCAUCACAACGACUACGGCGACGACGGUGGCAACGCCAGGCACCGAGUGUGUUUCCGACGUGCGAUGCCCGCUCAAUGACAACCCGUUACAGCCGAUCCUGAUGCAACACGAAUCGAGCUGCGGUCUGUUUUACGCUUGCUCGUACGGUAAGCGUUGUCCGCUGACAUGCCAAACAGGCCAACACUUUAGCGUACAGCUGCAGCGCUGCGAGUGGCCCCAGUUUGCUUGCUGCGAUGCGUCGAUACCGUGCCAACAGCUACCGACCACGCCCGUCAUCCCGACCGACGCACCGGUCGAACAAUGCCAGCCCGAUGCACGCUGCCCGCUAGGAGAUGAUCUGCUCAACCCGCUGCUACUGCCCGUGGCGGGCAAUUGUGGAGCGUUCUACAAGUGUCGUACCGGAGAUGCGUGUCUGUUGCCUUGUCCCGCCGGGCAGCACUUUAGUGUGCAGAUGCAGUUGUGCGAACGGCCCGAAGUUGCGUGCUGCGAUCCGGUGUGCUGAACUGCGGGUGCGAGUCCUAUGUCGGCAUGCGGUGGAGCUGCUACGUUCGUGCAAGAAACUGGCACUGGCAAGGUUUAAUAAAUGGCAAAGCAAAUAGUUUUUUUUAUCAAGCGA